UCUCCACCAUUACCUCUGCUUGAAACCAUCCUCUCCUUUUCGUGACUUUUCUCCUCAUAUCCCAACUGCAAUUCGAUCAUCCGUGACACUUGUCCAAGCUAAACCACUCAAAAUUCCCGUGUCCAUUUAGCUUGAAUUGAGAUUUGAGAGGCAGGAGACAGGUGGGAGGGGAGAAAGAUUGAAUCUUUACUUGAGAGGCUAUAUAUAGAGAGAGGGAUGAGUAAGAAGAUAGAGAAAAUGGCAUCGAUUGAUGCACAGUUGAGGCUGUUGGCGCCCGGGAAGGUGUCUGAGGAUGAUAAGCUGGUGGAGUAUGAUGCUCUUCUCUUGGACCGUUUUCUUGAUAUUCUCCAAGACUUGCAUGGAGAGGAAAUCAGAGAAACGGUUCAAGACUGCUACGAGAUCUCUGCUGAGUAUGAAGGCAAACGCGACCCUCAGAAACUGGAAGAGCUGGGACGAGUCCUCACGAGUUUGGAUGCGGGGGACUCCAUUGUCAUUGCAAAGUCCUUCUCCCACAUGCUCAACUUAGCCAACCUUGCUGAGGAGGUCCAGAUUGCUUACAGACGCAGGAAUAAGUUGAAGAAGAACGACUUCUCGGAUGAGGCCUCAGCAACGACUGAAUCUGACAUCGAGGAGACUUUCAAGAGGCUGGUUGGGGAGCUGAACAAGACGCCCGAAGAAGUUUUUGAGGCUUUGAAAAACCAAACUGUCGACUUGGUCUUUACCGCUCAUCCCACUCAGUCUGUUCGCAGAUCUUUGCUUCAGAAACACGCAAGGAUUCGCGACUGCUUGACUCAGCUAAACGCAAAGGACAUCACUCCCGAUGAUAAGCAGGAGCUUGAUGAGGCAUUGCAAAGAGAGAUACAAGCUGCAUUUCGUACAGACGAGAUCAGGAGAAACCCCCCGACUCCUCAAGAUGAGAUGAGGGCUGGAAUGAGUUACUUCCACGAGACCAUAUGGAAGGGAGUGCCAAAAUUCUUGCGACGUGUGGACACUGCUCUGAAGAACAUCGGGAUAAACGAGCGCGUUCCUUACAACGCCCCUCUUAUUCAAUUCUCCUCCUGGAUGGGUGGAGAUCGCGAUGGUAACCCUCGGGUGACUCCCGAAGUUACAAGAGAUGUAUGCCUGUUGGCUAGGAUGAUGGCUGCUAACUUAUACUUCUCACAGAUCGAAGAUCUCAUGUUUGAGCUUUCAAUGUGGCGCUGCAGCGAUGAACUUCGCGUGCGUGCAGAAGAACUCCACAGCUCUUCCAAGAGGGACGCUAAACACUACAUCGAAUUUUGGAAGCAAGUUCCCGCGAAUGAGCCUUAUCGUGUUAUUCUUGGAGACGUGAGGGACAAGCUCUCUCACACACGGGAACGUGCUCGCCAGUUGCUUACAAACGGAACCUCCGAUGUUCCUGAUGAGUUAACCUUCACCAACACAGAAGAGUUUCUGGAGCCUCUCGAGUUGUGCUACCGAUCGCUCUGUGCUUCCGGUGAUCGAGCAAUCGCUGACGGCAGCCUUCUCGAUUUUCUACGACAAGUUUCGACGUUUGGACUCUCGCUCGUGAGGCUUGACAUCCGGCAAGAGUCGGAUAGGCACACCGAUGUUCUGGAUGCUAUCACGAGGCACCUCGAGAUCGGAUCCUACAAGGAAUGGCCCGAGGAGCGCCGCCAGGAGUGGCUUUUAUCCGAACUCAGCGGCAAGCGUCCGUUGUUCGGCCCAGACCUUCCGAAAACAGAGGAGAUCGCCGACGUCCUCGACACGUUCCACGUCCUUGCUGAGCUCCCCUCGGACAGCUUUGGCGCCUACAUCAUCUCGAUGGCGACAUCCCCGUCUGAUGUGCUCGCCGUCGAGCUUUUGCAACGAGAGUGCCACGUCAAGACCCCUCUAAGAGUGGUUCCCCUGUUCGAAAAGCUCGCCGAUCUUGAGGCCGCUCCCGCGGCCGUGGCUCGUCUCUUCUCCAUCGAUUGGUACCGCGAAAGGAUCAACGGGAAGCAAGAGGUCAUGAUCGGAUACUCGGACUCGGGGAAGGACGCUGGUCGGCUCUCUGCUGCGUGGCAGCUCUAUAAGGCUCAGGAGGAGCUCAUCAAGGUCGCAAAGGAAUUCGGGGUGAAGCUCACGAUGUUCCAUGGCCGAGGAGGGACUGUCGGGCGAGGAGGUGGGCCGACUCACCUUGCCAUAUUGUCUCAGCCGCCGGACACCAUUCACGGCUCUCUCCGUGUCACGGUUCAGGGAGAAGUCAUCGAGCAGUCGUUCGGAGAGGAGCACUUGUGUUUCAGAACGCUCCAGAGAUUCACCGCUGCCACGCUCGAGCAUGGAAUGCACCCCCCGAACCCCCCAAAGCCCGAGUGGCGCGCCCUCAUGGACGAGAUGGCUGUUAUCGCCACGAAAGAGUACCGCUCUGUUGUCUUCCAAGAGCCUCGAUUCGUUGAAUACUUUCGUCUCGCGACGCCCGAGCUGGAGUAUGGCCGGAUGAACAUUGGGAGCCGUCCGUCUAAGAGAAAGCCGAGUGGUGGCAUAGAGUCGCUUAGAGCGAUCCCGUGGAUAUUUGCGUGGACACAGACGCGGUUCCAUCUCCCAGUCUGGCUCGGUUUUGGGGCCGCGAUGAAUGAGGUGAUCCGCAAAGACAUCAAGAAUCUGCAGAUGCUCCGAGACAUGUACAACGGGUGGCCGUUCUUUAGAGUGACGAUCGACUUGAUCGAGAUGGUCUUCGCCAAGGGCGACCCCAAGAUCGGUGCUCUGUGCGACAAGCUCCUCGUCUCCGAGGAUCUUUGGGCCUUCGGUGAGCAGCUCCGCGCCAACUAUCAAGCGACUCAGGACAUGAUCCUUCAGGUUGCUGGACACAAGGAGAUCCUGGAAGGGGACCCCUACCUGAGGCAGAGGCUGAGGCUCCGUGACCCGUACAUCACGGUCCUCAACGUGUGCCAGAUCUACACGUUGAAGCGCAUCCGCGACCCCACCUACAGCGUGAAGGUGGGGCCGCAUCUGUCGAAGGAGAUCAUGGAGAUGGACGCGAGCAAGCCGGCCGAUGAGCUGGUGAAGCUGAACCCCACGAGCGAGUAUGCCCCGGGGCUGGAGGACACGCUCAUCCUCACCAUGAAGGGUAUCGCGGCCGGCUUGCAGAACACCGGCUAGACGGGCCGCCGUGGCUGAGUUGGGAGGUGAUUCUUUUGCUGGAUUGCCCCUUCCCACUUUUGGGAAGAGGGAAGGCAUUGAAGAAAAGAAAGUGUAGUGAUGAUAAUAGUACUUGGUGUGUGUUUUUAUGUAUGUUAUCAACUUGUCACGUUUGGUGUUUGAUGUUUGCUCUGUUAAUUUGAAGAGCAAAACUUAGAUUAUUUGAGGCCAAUAAUAAUUGUCCCCAAACCACUAUUGCUUUGUCGAUUAUUUCAGAAAUAUUACUUUUGUGUUGCAGCUUAA